UCUCGGAUGCAUCUACAUUUCUCGCAUUUAAAGCGAUACGAUCGUCUUUUUUUAACAAAUAAAAAAUUAUGAAAAGGAUUUAUAUAUUUUGUUCAUUGAUCAACAAUAUUGGACAAUCGUAAAACUAACCAUAAGAUAAAAUAUUUAUCUUUUAUCUUGUAAAAAAUGAAAGACGAUGAUGACUGAUAUUCAAUACAAAUUUCUCCGCAAAUUGCCUUUGCAUAAAAACUAUUUAUAUAGUGUCAAAAGAUUGCUGUAAUCGCACUAAAAAAGUGUGCAAGGCAGCAGAAAUUGCAUCUCGAAAUACGGAUUUGCUGUUAAUUGCAAGUCAUUAAUUUGCAAUAUACAAUAGGAUGGGUGUGCGUAUGCAAAGAAUACUUUUGUGCGUGGCCGUGGUGAUUUUUGGUAUCGUCUAUUUGUGCACAAAUCGGCGCGCGAACAAGAAAGAUGUAUCUUUGAAGCAGCUUCUCGCCGCCGCGAUAAGAGCGGCCGAAAUCGGAGGAUCUGAAGUAGUGGCUGUGCACGAUCAGAUUAAAUUCAAAAUCGAAAGCAAAGGUCAAACGAGGGAAGGAGUCAAUGAUCCAGUAACAGCAGCAGAUUAUAGAUCUCACUGUGCCAUGUAUCGUGCUUUAACAGAAUCAUUCCCAGGAAUUACUGUGAUAUCUGAGGAAACAUCACAGGAUUGUGACAAAAUUGUAGUAGAAAACAUUAAAAAUUCUAUUAAAAGUAUUGAUGGUUAUAACAUUAGCGAUGAGAUUGUGAACAUUAAUGACAUUACAAUUUGGAUAGAUCCUCUUGAUGCUACCAAAGAGUUUACAGAGAAUUUACUUCAAUAUGUAUCUACUAUGGUAUGCGUAGCUGUUAAAGGACAACCAAUUAUUGGGGUUAUAUAUAAGCCAUUUGAAACAAAGCAGAAUUAUAGUUUAUUCUGGACAUGGACUAAUCAUGGCGUAUCAAAAAAUUUGAAAAAUUUGUCUAAGACAAAGGUUAAUAAAACACCUAUCUUGAUUGUAUCUCUUUCACAUGCUGGACAAGUUAAGAAUGCAUCUAAAGUUGCCUUUGGCAACAAUGUUGAAAUUAUUUCUGCUGCUGGUGCAGGAUAUAAGUUCUUGGAAGUAGCUGUUGAUAAUGCAACAGCCUAUGUUCAUACAACUGCUAUCAAGAAAUGGGAUAUAUGUGCAGGCACAGCAAUUCUGAAUGCUUUAAGAGGAACAGUGACACAGUUGUACGAUCAACAACCGAUCUAUUUUGGAGCUAAUGAUGCUAAAGUACUUACAAAAGGUCUCUUAGCGACUAUGAAUGAUCAUGCAUGGUAUUCUAAAAAAUUCUUACAUGACUUUCCAUCUGAUUUUCAUUAAUUAAAAAUAAAAUACACAUGAAGCAAAAAUUAAGAGAGACUGUGUAUAUUAAAUUGUUUCUGAUGGUGAUAAAGUUUGUGUUCUAAGUGAUAAAUAUUAAUAUGCUUUUGUAAGCAAUAAGAUUACAUAUCUUCCAACAAUUGUUUCAAGUAUAACUAUUAACUUAAUGUUAAGUAUUUACUGUAAGAAAUAUAUUUCUCAUAGCUGUAUAAAAAUAGACUUUUAUACAAUAAAUCAAGUUAUAAUAGCCA